GGGCGGGCGGGCGCCGCCAUGCAGCGGGUGGCGCUGGGCGCGGUGGCCCGGGCCCUGCUCGGGGCCCCGGCCCGGCUCUUCCGAGCCGCCCCGCAGGCGCUGGCGGCCGACAAGGAGGCGCUGAUGAGGCUGCGGCGGAAAACGGGGCUCUCGUUCGUGCACUGCCGGCAGGCGCUGCUCCGCUUCGAGGGUGACCUGGCACAGGCCGAGGCCUGGCUCAAUGAGCAGGCCCAGAAGGAAGGAUGGAGCAAAGCCACCAAGUUGCAGGGGCGGAGGACCAAGGAGGGCCUCAUCGGGCUGCUGCAGGAGGGCAACGUGGCCGUCAUGGUGGAGGUGAACUGCGAGACAGAUUUCGUGGCCAGGAAUGCCAAGUUUCAGCAGCUGGUGCAGCAGGUCGUGCUGGGCACCAUGUUCCACUGCCGAGGCGCCGCAGAGCAGCUGACGUCCUACACUAAGCAUUUUCUGAAGUCGGAUGAGCUGUCCCAGCUCCGGACGGGGUCCGGCGGGGGCCUGCUCAGUGACCAGGUGGCUCUGGCAAUAGGCAAGCUGGGAGAGAACAUGACGCUGCGGCGGGCCGCCUGGCUGGCCGUGCCGGAGGACUGCUACAUCGCCUCGUACGUGCACGGCUCGCUGCCGGCGAGCGCCGCGCCGGCGGCCGCCGUGGCCAUGGGCAAGUACGGGGCGCUGGUGGCGUGCCGGCUGGCGGAGCCCUGCGCCAAGGGCAGCCUGCGCGACGUGGGGCGGAAGCUGGCCCAGCACGUGGUGGGAAUGGCCCCGCUCUCCGUCGGCUCCCCCGAGGACGAGCCCGGCGGCGAGACGGAGACCAGGAUGCUGGCGCAGACCUUCCUGCUCGACCCCACCGUUACGCUGGGCCAGUUCAUACAGCCGCGGCGCCUGGCCGUGCUGGACUUCGUGAGGUUCGAGUGCGGGGAGGAGGCAGAGCAGCCGCGAGCCGCGUAGACGGCGAGGACGGAGCGGCCUCUUGGGCCCAGCACCGAGCUCUGCCCUGCACUUUGAGCCUGGAUCAGCGACUGCGCGAGCCUGGCUGGGGACACGGCAGCCGGAGAAGGUAAAAGGGCCGAUUCGUAUCGCGGGCCAGGUCUGCGCUGGCCCGGAGGAGCUGACUCGAGGGGCAGCACGAGCCACGUGUCUGACCAGAGCGAGGCAGAAUAAAGAGAUGCCCAAGCUCAGCGGUA